AUGAAUGAAGAACGCGGGGAAAGCAGUAUAGGAAUCCUUGCUUCUCGAGUGUUAGGUGAAGAAAAUCACUACGCAACAACCUGUUAUCAUGUGUGUUUCAACGAAACCUUAUCAGAAGACAUUAACACAGUGCACAAUACAUUGAAGGAGGACUACGAAAACAACUCAGAGGGAUGUUGUGAUGUUAGGUACAAGUUUAGAGGGUGAAGAUGGUUACAGGGCAAAUCCUUUUGUUUAUUUUGGUUUGUUUUCGGUUUGGGAGAGGGGUAUUGGUGUGCCGUUUUCUUUGUACCUAUAUAUGGCGAGGUAGGGAGGUAUUGUCUGCAGUUAUACUGUUCGGGUUUUUAUGACUGGAUGUGUGAAUUGUUACGUUAUAUCAAGUGGCGUAUAUCAGAUUCUAUUUCGUUAUUAUUUGGAAAAGAGGGGUAUACUUGGAGGAAAAUGUAUUUAGAUAAUGCACUAUGAUUUCUCAUGAAACUAACCAUCCGUAAACACAGGCGCAAGACAAACACUAUUUGCCCGAGAAAACCUAUAUCUAAGGAAAUGCCAUUUCAGAUACCUCAAUUUCAAAAAUUUUCAGGGGUAUCCCCCACACCGUUUGUGAUUAUGACAUAUGCUGGAUCUCGAAGCAGGAUGACUCCUUGGUCACACUGGUGCUGCUAGUGAGUUCAGUGAUGAUAGAUCAAGUUUCAUUCUCAUGUCGACAUGAUGUGCUUGGAACGUCAACAUGAUUUGCUUGGAACAGCUUAAUUUGGAAGAAGUAUCACUCUAGGUCUUUUUAUGGCGAGAAUGCAGAAGAUGCUGGCAGUCCUAUAGAAAAGAGUUUUUCAGUUAUGUCUACAAGAAAUAAAGCAGAAAUACUUUGACAAUGGUAUAAAAGAACAUCUGUCAGAGGACUAUAAAGUUACAAUCCUGGACAAAAGUGUUGGGACACUCAUCCUUUUCUACCUUGAAUUCUAAAGGCAACGCCCCCUCCCCACCCCCAAUUCAAUGUUGAAAGUUCAUAAAAUUUCAGUUAAGGAUGCCCCCAAAUCAACAUUGAACGGGGGAGGGGGGUUUGGUUUAAACACUUAUUUUGCGUUAAAUCGGCUCUCUCUGAAGAGAACAAUAAAAACAUGCAAUAAUUUUGGAGUGUCCCAAAGACUUUUGGCCAGGAUUGUCGGAAUAUAGGCCUAGCUGAUAAACAGUAAACAAUGAAACGUAAACAACAAGAUCACACUAGAUGAUUUUAAAACUAAUUAUUCAUAUAGUCUCGAAGAUUUAUUUAUUGACAUUGUCUAAAAACAUAAAAAAAAUUAAAGUGUUUUAUUAUGCUAUUAAUGACGGAAAGCUGCAUAUUGCUGGUUUGUCAUGAUUGGGGAUGUUUUCCGUCGAUCUUUUGGUGAGCCAGUGAAUUUGGGUUUCGUCCCCUUUUAUGUCCUUUUAUGAGAUUAUUUCGAGAAAAAAUAGUGAUGAUCACAUAUAGAACUAUAUUCGUACAUUUUGGAAGUAACGUCUAGAUCUAAAUAUAAAUAUAAUCGCGCGCUAUAUAUAGAAUUAUAUAAAUAUUAUUUCACAUAUGAAUGACAUCACCGUGAAACUAUACUUAAAGCGAGGUCAAGCAAAGCUUAUAUUUUGGCAGAAUGGUAUCUUUAAAAAGUUAUCAUCAAAGGCUCGUCUAUCUAAUUACGUAUAGCAGAGCUGAUAUCGCGAAAUUUCCUACAAAGCAGCAAUUUGCAGAUGCGGUACUGGAAGCGUGGAAAAGUUGUGGGAUAACAAUAUCGCACUGGGUAGUUUCCAUCGAGGGUCACGCUGUCACCGAUAGUAACAAUGAUAUCAACAUGUAUCAUUAUCAUAUGGCUUUGAAAUUGGCAAGACGAGGAAGAUGGCUGCAAGUAAGAAGGUUUCUGGACGAAACCUAUGCUAUACAGGUACAUUUUAGCGACAAUCACAAUACCUAUUAUAGCGCAUAUAAAUAUGUAACAAAAGAAGACAAUGAAUGUCUGCAUUCUGAACAACAUCCAGACUAGUUUUCUCCCCCUAAAAUGGAGCAAGCAUUGGCAAGUAAGAAAAGAAAAGCUAGGGAAAAGAAUUCAACCCGUCAAAGAAAGGCCCGCAAAGAGAAAUGCUUGACUGUAUACGACGUUAGCCAACUUAUUCUAGCAAAGAAAAUAACCACAAGGUUGCAGCUGGUGUGCCUUGCAGUGGAGCAAAACCGAGAAGGCAAAAGUGCGUUGGCAGAAUUCAUAGCUAACAAAAACAAGGUUGAUGAGGCAUUGGAAGUCGCCAAGGAAUUUUCGGAAGCUGAAGCAAAAUUUCUUCGUUCAAAAAAGUCCCGCAUUGAAUUGUUGCAGGAAGCGAAAGAAGGAAAUUGCUGUGAAGGAUGUGAUGGGGUGUGGCUUGAAACGGCGUUAAAAGCGCUUCAAAAUAAUUGCAUUUCAGUAGAGGCAUUCUGUACAGCUUUAUAUAUUGCCUUAAAAAAGGCCGGGGGAAAUAUCAAAAUAUAUUUAUACACGGCCCCGCGAACAGUGGAAAAACGUUUAUUUUAUCACCUCUUAAAAUCAUCUACCACACCUUCUGCAAUCCUGCAACUGGCACAUUUGCUUGGCAGGGGGCAGAAGAAGCCGAGGUGA